UCGAAUUUAUACGGAGAAGGAGGAAAACAAUCGACCUGUCAAGAUUUAUUUUACGUAAAUAACGUUGUUCCUGCUUCCUGCUAUAUUUUAAAGUAACAUUACAGCAGCUCGACUAUUCGAAGAAUAAGGAGAGCUAUCUUAGUCACCCGAGCGUUGGCGUCGGCGUAGCCACUUACGUUAAAGUUUUAAAAAAUCUUGAUUCUCAGCAAAAUGGAAAAGGCUGUGACUUUAUAUCGAGACCUUGUACAGUAUGCUUCUACCAGCUACAUUGGUAUCAGUAAGCCAGACUCUGCUGGCAGCAUCAAGAUUCGUGCUGGACAGACACAGCGUGACCUUGAGAGAGCAGAAAAGGUCAAGUUUGCAAGGUCAUAUAUGGUCAAGACCAAUGGGGAUGUGUGUGAUGUGGUAUAUGAAUCCAGUCCUGAAGAACUUAGUAAUGAAAUUUGGAAUAAAGAGUCCCCCUCGGGCAAGUACCGGGCCGUGAUGAGGAAGGUCACAGACAAGAAGAAAGAAGACAAGUACUUUCUCGAGGUGUGGAACCAGUCAUGUAAAACAUUGAAUGUAGAUCUACUGGCAUCAGAAAAACACGGCAAAGUCUAUGAUAAAGAUGGCUCCUUUGGGUGCCUUGAGUGGUCAAGAAAAGAAGAUAAGAUUUUGUAUAUAGCUGAGAAAAAGUACAAGUCUGUCUCCUACUUUGCCAAGGAGAAAAAAGCCGGAGACAAGGAGGAAAUUGUGAAGGGCGAAGAGUACUUGUUCCGGGAGGAGUGGGGGGAGGGGCUUGUGGGUAAACACCACGCCCAACUGUGCGUCCUUGACCUUGACACCCAAGAAGUCACUGUGCUAGAAAGUAUGCUGUAUAAUGUAUCAGUGGCCUAUGCACGCUGGGCCCCUGAUGAUAAAGGGAUUGUGUUCACGGGCUGGCACGAGGACCCCUACAGACUCGGGCUUAUAUACUGCCCCAUGAGAAAGAGCAGCAUAUUUUAUUUGAACUUUGAGACAACAGAGUGUGUGUUGUUGAGUGAUGCAGAGAUGUCGUCAAGGUACCCGGUAUUUUCCCCCGACGACGACAGUUUCGUGUACCUUCAGAACAAGAUUGGGGGCCCACACAUGCAGUGUAGCUCUCUCAUGAAGUUUGAUUGGAAGGCAGGAGAAAAUACAACAGUAGUUGAGGUGGUAAAAGAUGCACCAAAUGAUGACUUUCCUGGCAUCUACACAGUGACCCUGCCAGAAAAUUGCUGGUGUGCAGACGGACGGAGAGUUGUGAUGAAUACUGUUUGGAGGACUAAGGACUCAGCCAUUGUUGUGGACACACAGACUGGCAAUGUCACCAGGCUGCCAACAGUGGAUGGAUGCUCCCUGACUGUACAGAAUGUCCAAGGCAAUGUCGUUGUGGCAGAGUGCUCCUCCCCAGCACGUAGAAACUUCCUGGUUGUUGGCUGUUUCCCAGCUGCUGGAAAAGAGGAAACUAUGGUGUGGUGUGAACUGGGAACUAACUCUGGAAAGUUCGAAGAUGUAGACUGGAAAGUUAUCGAGCAUGUCCCUACAGCAGAGAGACAAAAUGCUAGAAACAGCACAUUAAAGUAUUCCAGUAUCCUGAUGUACCCCACUUUUGACCAGAGCUUUGAUGAGAAAAAGUUGCUGGUAUUUCCACAUGGCGGUCCACAUUCAGCCUUCACAACAGCAUUUCAGAUAGCAUCAACAUUUCUCUGCAAAUUAGGCUUUUCUAUACUGAUGGUGAACUACCGCGGCUCCUGUGGUUAUGGGAAUGACUCCAUCUACUGUCUCCCAGGACUCUGUGGUGAUCAGGAUGUCAAAGAUGUGCAGAGUGCAGCAGAAGAAGUUAUCAAAAAGGAGAACUUCCCUGAGAACAGAGUGGUCAUUUGGGGAGGCUCCCAUGGGGGAUUCCUGACCUGUCAUCUCGUGGGACAGUAUCCAGACUUCUAUAAAGCAGCAGUAUGCAGAAAUCCGGUGAUAGACAUCGCCACUAUGGUUGGCAGCUCUGACAUUCCAGAUUGGAGCCAUGUUGAGAGUGGCAUCAAGAACUUUGACCAUUCAACCAUUCCAAACCCUAAGACCCUGGAAGCUAUGUGGACAUGUUCUCCACUCCAGUAUGUUGACCAGAUCAAGGCGCCUGUGAUGAUAAUGAUCGGCAAGGAUGAUCUACGAGUACCUACUAAACAGAGUUAUGAGCUCUACAAGGCACUCAAGUCUAGAAACAAGACUGUCAGUUAUAUAGCAUACCCGGACAAUGGACACCCAAUUGUGAAGGUGGAUUCUGAGGCAGAUGCCUGUAUCAACAUCUACAAGUGGUUCACAGAACACCUCGUCUAGCCCACCUAACAAUGCCACCUGUUUUCAAAUGCAUCAUAAUAUAUAUAUUUACUGUGCCAUUUUUCCAUCGACCAGUGCGUCAUAAUACAUGUAUUUACUGUGCAAUUUUUCCAUCAACCAGUGCGUCAUAAUACAUGUAUUUACUGUGCCAUUUACCCAUCAACCAGAAAUUCAGAUCAGGGUACAACUGACUUUCUGUGAUUAUUUGAAAUCCUGUAAUAUAUAAUAUUAUGGACAUGCAUAAAUAUGAUUUGAAUAUGUUUUUUAUGUAUGUAGUAUUUAAAAAUGAUUCAACAAAUGUUUAAAUAUUUAAUGGGAAGUGGGAACAGGUAAUCUCCUUGAAAAAAAGUUAAAGGCUAAACCUAAAUAUUUAACCAGUGUUUAUAUUAAUCAGCUACAAGUCAUGUAUGAGUUGUCAAGUUAACCUGUUCAAUGUUUGAAACAAUCAUUUAUCAUUUUAUUGUAGUAUUUUGCCUUAAUUGAGGCUAUGCAGUAGUGUUUAAAAAUAAGAAAUGUAUCAUUGUCUGUCGGUUACUUUGAUAAACCAGUUGAAUUGAAGAAUUUGUUAGCUAUGCAUACUAAUUAAUUUUACAUGUUGUCAUAACUCUAGGUACAACUUAUCCCGUCAGGCUUUUUUCAUCAUUGUUAAAUAUCUUGAAGGAUUGUUAAGAAAGUUUAUGAAACUUUACAUAUGGGUACUACAUGAUAGACCAAAAAAAAAAUGUUACUCACGAGCUAAAUUAACCAUUCCAGGAGUUAUGCCCCUUAUUGGAAUUAUGUUAUAUUACUGCAAGCAUCUCGGGAUUUUCAACACUCAAAUGAUAGCUAUAUUAUGAUGGCUUUAUUAUGAGAUUGUGUCUUACUCUCAACCACAUCUGUCCUUAAAGUUCUGUGCAAUUUCAAUCAUACAAAAGCCAGUCAAUUACCUAUUUAUAAUGCCUGCUUCAAUAGCUUUACUCAUGGAUUUUCAUCUAGUCAGAAAAAAUCAUAUUUCCACAACUCUGACAGUAUUUAUUUAACAAUCGGAUGCUUAUUAAAAAAGUGAAACUGCA